CGCCCACUUGUCGUGGGUCAUGCGGCCUCUUCUGUUUUGAUCAGAAAGCUCGGGCAACCAGAGCAGAGAUGACGGAAGACUGGAAGUCUGGGUAACUUUUUCAAGCUGAUAACCAGCUUGAGUUUACCUCAUUCGUACCAAAUAAGGCUGAUAUAGUCGGGGAAGCUGGCGGCUCUGUGUGGUGUUCGAUUCCGGCCGGAUGACAUGGACAUCUCGGCGGAGGGAGAGGCGGAAGAGCGCAGGAGGGAGCACUGGAAGCUGCUGUCCAGCCUGAAGACCACAGUGGAGGGGCUCGUAUCCACCAACAACCCCAAUGUGUGGUCACGUUAUGGCGGCCUGCAGCGGCUGCAUAAGGACAUGAACAACAUCCUGAGCCACGGACUGAAGAAUGAGCAGGUGUACUACAAGCAGAGAGACUACUGGCCCUUUGUGUGGUGUGUACGUUACAUCAGCCCCCAUCUCGCCUCACAUGUUGAACAGUUCAGUCACCUGGAGCCCGUUGUCAGCGGUGGGAUUAAGAGUGCCGGUGAAAGUUACAAAGCUGAGCGCUGGUUGCUUCACAGUUUACAGGUUCACAUGCUCUCAGCUCAGCUGCGACCGCUGCUCAGACAUCUGGGACACACACGCAAAUACUACAACGAUGACGCGUUUCUGCUGAGCGAGCCGCAUGUGACUGCCAUGUUUCAGUGUCUGGAGGCUGUGGAGCAGAAUAACCCCAAACUGCUGGCUCAAGUAGAUACUGUUGGGCUGUCCCCUCUGAAGGUCCCGCCAUGUCUGGGUCUGUUGAAAAGCCAGAGCUUGUGUGUCCUGCCAGGGGCUGGUGGGGCUUGGAGGAGUGCUGACUUGGCUCCCAGAGGAGAACCUCUAAAUCGCAGACUCACCACUUCCAACUGCUCCCUCCGAGAAGCAGCCACCACCACCACCAGCCACAACUCUGGGAACUCUACAGGAGCUGGAUCCCAAAACAGCUACAGCACAAACACUACCUCUACCCCAGCCAGCAGCCUGGGCGCUCCCUGGGGUGUGUCCAGACCGGGGGAGAGCGAGCGGGGUGUGACGCCCCCUCCUGUCCCUCUCUCAGUACCCUGCAUAUCCCUCACAGAAGCCCCCUCACCCACCUCUCUUCAGCCUGUGGGGGGGGACUCCUGUGAUGGCGACUAUGACGAUGGUCCAGAGUACCUGGCUAUUGGUAACUUGGGGCAACGUAGUCGCAGAGACUCUCGUAGCUCCACCCACAGCAGCGAGCAGGGAGAGACCCAGGACCAGUCCCUGCAGCGGGGCCCAUUGCUUCCUCCCCAGCCCAGACGCUCAUCCUUCUCAGAGGGCCAAAGGGGACCAGGCCGGGGGACCCGAGGACACGCACGCUCAUUUUCUGACACAGGGGUCAGUCAGAAACUCAGGAAUGAAUCAGCUGUGGAGGACUCUAUGAAGGACUACAGCCCCUUCACCCCUCAGGGCAGUGACGCCAGCACACCCAGCUCCCUCUACAUGGAGUCUCAUGGCUCCCAGUACAGCAGUGUUUCAGAUGGGAUGUUCAGGAAGCCAUCAGAGGGUCAGAGUCUCAUCAGCUACCUGUCAGAGCAGGACUUUGGCAGCUGUGCUGACCUUGAGAAGGAAAAUGCCCAUUUCAGCAUAUCAGAGUCUCUGAUUGCUGCUAUUGAGCUGAUGAAAUACAACCUGCGGCGCCAGGAGGAGGAGGGUGAGGAGGAGGGAGACAGUGACUCUGAGAUCCAGCAGCUCAAACAGAAGAUCCGUCUACGGAGGCAGCAGAUCCGACGCAGUCGCCUGCCGCCUUGUGCGACCUCCCAGCACAUUUUCCAUUCCACAGACAGCGGAGGUUCCAGGAGGAGCUCUCAGGACUCCUGUCAGGGCCUGUCGGACUCCGGCUCAGCUGAGGAGGUGGAGGAGUGUGAGCUACGAGAUGGCUGUGAGGGUCAGUCCCUGCUGGCAGUGUCGCAGAGCGGCCUCUCCCUGUCACUCGCCUCCCUCUUCUCAGAUGCAGACAUUAAGCGCAGCAUAAGCUCCAGCGGCAGGUCGUUCCUCAGCUCAGAGUCCAUUUCCCCAUCCUUCCUUCAGUCUAACUCAGCUGAAUCAGUAGCGAUGGGUUUACUCAGGCAGUUUGAGGGCAUGCAGCUUCCUGCAGCCUCAGAGCUUGACUGGCUGGUCCCAGAACAUGAUGCUCCACAGAAGCUGUUACCCAUCCCUGACUCUUUACCCAUCUCACCUGAUGAUGGAGAACAUGCAGACAUCUACAAGCUGAGGAUUCGUGUUCGAGGCAACCUAGAGUGGGCCCCACCCCGACCACAGAUCAUCUUCAACAUUCAUCCCGCCCCAAAGAGGAAGAUUGUUGUUUCAAAACAGAACUACCGCUGCGCUGGCUGUGGCACCCGCAUUGACCCUGAUUAUAUCAAACGACUGCGUUACUGUGAAUACCUCGGCCGUUAUUUCUGCCAGUGCUGCCAUGAGAACGCCCAGGCGGUGGUUCCUGGCAGAGUUCUGAGGAAGUGGGACUUCAGUAAGUACUAUGUCAGCAACUUUGCCCGGGAUCUGCUGAGCAAGAUUGCCGGAGACCCCUUGUUCAACCCCAAUGACAUCAACAGCGGCCUGUACAAGAAAAUCAAAGCUCUAGAGGCCGUCAGGGUUUUGAGGGUGCAGCUAUUUCACAUGAAAAACCUCUUCAAGACGUGCCGCUUUGCAAAAGAGGUUCUGGACCAGUUUGACACCCUUCCUGGUCACCUAACGGAGGACCUCCACCUCUUCUCCCUCAACGACCUCACUGCUGUACGUAAUGGAGACCUGGCUCCUCGAAUGAAAGAGCUGCUUAAACUUGGUACCAUACACGCAGCUGGCUGUGUGCUGUGCCAGGCCAAGGGCUUUGUAUGCGAGUUCUGCGGGAACGACAAAGACAUCAUUUUCCCCUUCCAGCUCAACAAGUGCCAGCGCUGCGAAGAGUGCCACGCGUGUUACCAUCGCAACUGCUUCCGGGUAGGUAAAGAAUGUCCUCGUUGUCAACGAUUGGCAGAGCGGAGGGAGAGGAUGGCACGCAGAAACAUGGAAGAACAAGAGGAUGAGGGAGGUGGGAACUCGUGAGGACCGGAGACAAAAGAUGACGAGCACAACGCGACUAUGAUUGUAGUGACAGACCACCUCUCUUUUUACGUUCCAGUCCUCUCAGACCUGGGUAACAAUAUUUGUCUCAAACAAAUAAUUUGAUCUACAAAGAUUGCCACAAGGGCACUUUUUUCUACAUCAGUUGUGUUAGUUUUACAUCAUCAGCUGCGUUAGGUUGAAGCAAAGCCCCUUUCACACCUGCACUUAACUGUCUGUGUGGGGAUCAUUUAGGCUUUGUAAUUUACUAAUCAAGAUUUUUACAGGAAACAUAACAUUAAAUAAUCUGUAUUUCUCUUUAAUUACACACUUAUCCUUAAUAUUGUAUUCAGAAAUCAUUCAUUCAUAUCACCUUUUUGAAAUAAUUUACAAUUUGAUAUUCUUACCGAACAGCAGUAUCAAAAAGUCUGUAGUAGACAAGUAAAUAUCUCUUUGUUUGUUUUCCAUUUUAGGCAACUUUUUGAGUGGCUCUCCCAAAAGAAAUCUGAGAGUGAAUGACAAAACUUGUCUGACUUAUCUGGAUAUUUGUUGCUUGCAAAAUCAGAAAAGGGUGUGAGAUCAUCCCAACAUCAUAGCACUUUGUCUUUGGUUGUUAAAACUACUAAAGCUCUGAUUGAAGUAGAUCAGAUAAUGAAGCGUGUGCACAGAUUUUUAAACCCAGGUUUGAUAUUCCUCCUUCCUACGAUUGCAGCUUCUGCUUCAACUCUGUUGAUUUUAAUGGCUACUGGCUUAGCUGACGUUUGUUUUUGUGACUUAUAAUGGCAGAAACUGUUUAAAAAGCAAAAAUUUAGUAAAAUUUUAUGAUGUGAGAGAUUUUCAAUGCAGACACUGUAUUUGAGUUUUAUUAUUAUUUGAAAAUAUUUGGUAAUCCUCUCUUGCUCCUGCCUGUUUUCAGUAUUUUUUACAUUGUUUUAGCCAUGCUGAUGUGCCUGUGGGACCAGUGAGCUUAGACUGGUAGAGCUAGCGGAGUAUCAUUGGAGAGUUUAAUUUAUAGAAGUACUGGACUCAGAGAGAGGGUGUUAAAGCAAGUGUUGCAGCUGUUUUUAAUGAAGCUGAAGAUGCUCCUUCUAUGUGCUGCUUUGAGUGAUUGGAUGUAUGAGUGUGUGGUUACUAGAAAAAGCUUUGUGAAUAAGAGUGUAUGCCUAUGUGUGCACAUGUCUACCUGCUGUACAAGCAGCCAUGCACAAAUGGUUUGCACCAGCCUAAUCAGCACUUGCCUGUUUUUCUAACAUUGUGAAUGGACGAAGAGAGAGAGAAGUCGAGUUGAUUGCACUGAUUUAUUCUGUUGUUGUUGGAGGGGCGAGUUUGGGACGUCACUUUGGAGAUUCUUUUGUGUUCAUAAAUCACAACAACAGUGAAAUGUUACCGUUUCGUCUAUGAAGAUCCUGUCACCUGGGUUGCACUGUAUUGUAAAGGGUUUCAGUCCACAACAAGAGAACCACAGUCUUAUAUUUAGAGAAAAUAAGUUUAUACAUCAUUGCUUGGACUGAAAUUCUUUUUUAAGUGGGUAUUCUUCUCCAACAUAUCUCAUAAUACAUCAAGAACAGUGGUUCCCAACCUUACUGACUUCUUUAAAGGAUUGAUUUGAUAGUUUGGAAAAUACUUAUGAUAAAUGAUUACCUUAACUUAGCGUAAAGGCUGGGAAAAGCAAGCCUGGCCCUUUACUGCCUCUACUGCAGUCACAAUACUUCACAAGUGUAUCCUGUGUGAUUUAUUAAAAAAACUGGCAUGUUUACUUCAUCACAGCACAAAGAAUCAUUGGAACAUAUUUCCUCAAAAAAUGUCAAACUAUUCCUUUAAAAGCAUUUACACAUGGCACUUAUUUCUUGUACCCUUUUUCUUUUAGGAGUUUUGUAAAAGCCAAUAGAUCUAUCACAUGAAUUAAAGGAAUACAGGACAAGUGCUUUUCCUUAACAUUUAGUCACUUUGUUUUUUGGUCUUGAAUUAUCAGGUGCUAAACUUAAAUUGAAUUUUGGGCCCUUUUAGCAGGGAACCACUUCACAUUUUAGAGACACCUCUGUUACUGCCUUCCUGUACUUUUUAAGAGCUCAACAAGGCUAAUUUUACUGCAAGGGCUUGGUGUCAGUUGUUUUAAGAGUGUCUCUGUCUUGAAUUAGAUUCUCGGUUAGAAUAUAUGAAGUGCACUCAUAGAUAAUAGCCUAAAGGAAUCAACCCACAGAUGUAUUCAAACUAACGUGAACUUUGCUCAUGACUGUAACAUUGACUUAAUAAUGGAUGAAGCUCCAGAGGACAUUAUAUCCAUUAGAGGCUAUGCUUUAUGUCAGUCUGUAAUGCGAUGCAACUAAAGCAAUAAAUAUCACAUUCAUCUCCUUGAGUCCUGGCAAAGUUACAAACUGCACCCAUAAGGCGGCUCUUAAACGAAACGCUGAAGUUUUGUAGCUCCUGAACAAAGUGACGCUCAUCGCCUCAUCCGCUCAGCAGAGUGUUUGUCCUUAGACUGCCUUUAACAUGGAGGCGUGUGGAGAUUUAAAGUGCACUAAAGUGUCUGUUAUUAAAAGUUUUAAUUUCCUUUAUUUUGAUUAUUAUUAUAAUUUGUAUGAAUUUGCCUUUGUUCUGUGAUUAUGUUGACAAUAAAAGACUGGCUAGACUGUU